CCUCCUUCUCCCCCGCCUUCUCCUCCGCCUCCUCCGCCCUCCCCCCUGCCCCUCCUCCCGCCGGAGCGAGCGAGCGAGAUGGCGGCCGCCGGGGCUCUGGCGAAGCACGAGCAGAUCCUGGUGCUCGAUCCGCCCACCGACCUCAAAUUCAAAGGUCCCUUUACAGAUGUAGUCACUACAAAUCUUAAACUACGAAAUCCAUCAGAUAGAAAAGUAUGCUUCAAAGUGAAGACCACAGCACCUCGUCGAUACUGCGUGAGGCCAAACAGUGGAAUUAUUGACCCAGGAUCAUCUGUAAUUGUUUCAGUAAUGCUGCAACCUUUUGACUACGACCCAAAUGAGAAGAGUAAACACAAGUUUAUGGUACAAACAACCUAUGCACCACCAAAUAUUACAGAUAUGGAGGCAGUGUGGAAAGAAGCAAAACCUGAUGAGUUAAUGGACUCCAAAUUGAGAUGUGUGUUUGAAAUGCCCAAUGAAAAUGAUAAACUGAAUGAUAUAGAUGCAAGCAAAUCCGCCCCAGUACUGAACACAUCUAAGCAGGAUGGACCGAUGCCAAAACCACAUAGUGUUUCACUUAAUGAUACUGAAACAAGGAAGCUCGUGGAGGAGUGCAAAAGACUUCAGGCGGAGAUUAUGAAGCUGACAGAUGAAAAUCGGCACCUGAGAGAUGAAGGCUUGAGGCUCAGAAAGGUAGCACACUCGGAUAAAUCUGGAUCACCCACAGCUUUGGCCCUCAGAGAUAAUGGCUCUAAUUCUCUUCCUUCACUUCUUGUUGUAAUUGCAGCCAUUUUCAUUGGAUUCUUUCUAGGGAAGUUCAUCUUGUAGAAAGAAAGAGUGAGAGAAGCAUGCAAAACUGCAGCUUCCUUUUUUUUUGUUUUGUUUUGUUUUGUUUUCUCUUGGCCAGAAAAAGGUUUGUUUACCUACCACAUCAUGGGUAGUACGGCCCAAGCAGCCGUUCUUGUGUACAGCAUCAUAACAGGCUUUGCCUUUAAUGAUCUCGCACGGUUAGAAAACACAAUCUGAAAAGACAAACUGUUCAGCUGCUGGACAAAAUUGUACAUUCAGUCAUCAAUAGCAGGUAUCAGUUGCACAGUCAGUCCUUUAUGAAAAUUCAUAAAUAAAGAAUUGUUCUUUCUUUCUGUGGUUUUAAUAAGAAUUCGAAAAUUGUUCAGAGUCUUGUAAAUGUUAUUUUAAUAAUCCUUUAAAAUUUUAUCUGUUGCUGUUACCUCUUGACAAAUGAUUUAUUAGAUUGCUAAUCCCACUCAUUCAGGAAUAUGACAAGAGGUAUUCUGGGGGAAAUGGUGCCUCUUACUGUGUAAAUUUUCUCCUUACCUUACUUUGCUAAUAUCAUGGCAGAAUUUCUUUCUUAUUCCUUGUGAGGCAUUGUUGAGAGUUCUUCAUCCUUAACAGUCCUGUCCCAUAAUAUUUAACAUGACAAAAGAAAUAAAAUUGUUAACAGAU